AUGAUCCAAUUGAUUACACCAAUAGCGGACAAUAAUAAAAUACUUGGAAAUACUUACUCAAGUGACUCCAGACCUAUUUCUUUGGGCAGUAAGGUCAUAAAUCCUAAACGUAAUGGUUAUUAUAUAUCCCUAGGUCCAUCGAUUCAAAUACUCAUAGAGGAUGAAAAAAUAUUUCGAUCACUUAGGACGGCGUUGCAACAUUUACAUCUAUAUCAUUUUGCUUCUGGUUUAGAAACAGUUCCACAACAAUUUAUUAAUCUUAUUAGGAGUCCACUUCAAUUUAGUGAAGAUGAUCUAAACACAUACCAUCCAUUGAUAUUCUAUCUCACUGGUAUUUUGAACGUUAGUUUGAAAACUUUGACCACAGAAUUGACCUUAAUAUCGCCAAUAAAUGCAAUUCGAAAACGAAUUGAUGAAUUACCAUUACUUGGUGACAAGUCUUGUAUUAGACAUAAGCAAAAUAUGUUACUGAGAUACAAUUUAUUGCAAAUAUCAGGAUCGAAUUUACCAUUAUCUUUGUUAUACGAUUUGGUGAACGGCAAGGAAGAUUUUUUUUUACUUGCUCUGAUUAUCAUUACAAUUGAUUCAAUGUUUCCUAAACAAAUGAAUAAUCCAAUCUCGUUAAUAGACGGGAAUAAUGAAUUAAUACGGGUUGAUAAUGCAUUGGAUAUCCCUAAAAAUCUUAAGACAAUUGAAAAGCUAAGAGAUAUUAACUUGUUAUUUUCAAAGCUUGAUAAAUUAAAUUUGAUUGAUGACUGUAACGUUAAAUGUUUUUCAAGCAUUUGUCCUGGUAAGGAUGUUCAGUCACAACACACAGCAUCAACAUUUGAUAUUAUUCCCCAUAUAAGUUCAAUGCAUACUUCAUCUGACAUUCUUAAGUAUACACCAUAUUUACAACAAGGCAUUCAAAAAAGCACAGAUUCUAUUCCUAUGAAAAAAGAGAAUGGAUCUUUGGACGACAAUGCUUUUUGUAAUCCUAUCCAGAAUAUAGAAAGAACUUCGUCUCCUAUGACUAAUUUCAGGGGAGAAUAUUCCAUUUUAACAAAUCCAAGACAUAUAACAGGUGCGAAUCAAAAUAGUAAUGGAACGAAGGAUUCAUCACUAGAUUCAUCUGAAGGGAAUAAAGCGCAAUCAUGUUCAAAUGGACAAAAUCAAAAUCGAGAAGCUUCAGGAAGAACUAACAUUUCAUCGUUUAAUAAGAAUAAUUCAUCCGGUUCAAACUCACUGAAUAAGCACUCUGAAUCUAACGUAUCCUGCGGAGGUGAUGAUAAUAAUAAUGAUGAUGACAAGAAUAAUAAUUUUAAUAGAAUUAAGGAUAAUAAAGGAUCUACAUCUGCUUCUGAUUCUGAUUCUGAUUCUGAUGCAGACUCUAAUUGCGGUCCGGAAUCAGAAUCAAUUUUGGAAUCAGAAUCUAACUCUGUAUUUUCUACAGUAUUGAAUAAUUCCAAAGAUAAUAAAGAGGAAAAUGAUAUUGUAGAGAUGUUGGCAGAUUUAUUUCCGGUUUAUCCUAAAAGUGAAUUGUUAGCAAGAGUUCAAUCUAUGACUGAUAUUGAGGAAUUAAUCGAUACUAUAUUCUUGGAGCAAGAAGAGCAAAAUGAGAAUACUCUAAAGGCUACUGAUGCUAAAACGUAUUCAAGUCAUGUUUACACAUUAAAAGAAAUAUUCCCUGGAUGUGAAUUUGAAGUGCUACAGAAAAUUUUGAAUUCGAAUGCUGGAGAUAUAGCCCUCGCUUCAGCAGAAAUCUUACAGAAUAGUACCGACGAUGGAAUUUCUUCCAACGAAAAAAAAAGUAAUUCACCGUUUAAGAAUAAGAAUAAUAUGGCCAAGUCACACUCUUCGUGGAAUGCAAUGCAAAUGGAAGCUUCAAGGCUUGAAGAUAUUUUAAAUGUCCCCUCUCAACAAAUACUCAGUUACCUUCAUAAACAUGAAGGCAAAUUUCACGAAACACUUGUUGCCAUUAUAAAUGAAAACUCUAUAAGAAAACUUAAUUUAGCUUCAGGGUCUUCGUCCAGUAGCAGGUCCUCAGUAUCAUCCCUUAAGCGUGUACCAAGAGGGGGGCGGGUACAAGGUCUGUCAUCGAAAACCAUGAUUCCUGUCCCAAGCAUACGCUUAGGAAGUGCUCCACCAGAUGAUGAAUACAAGUAUGACGAAAAUAGUCUUGAAGCUAAAGAAAUAAGAGCUAUUUACGUUGGAAACCCCGAAUUCAAGUCGAUAAAUGAACAAUUCUUUGAGAAGUCAUUAGUCUUCUUUCGUGGUGAUGUUGCAAAAGUUAUCGAGAUUGUUGUAUUAUUGGUACAAGAGAAGGCAGGUCAUUGCACAUUCAAAGAGAAACCGUCGGCAAAGAAUUCCUCUGGUAUUUCAUCCCAGAUAGGUGCCA